AUGGCGCCGCCAGAGGAGAACGGGCCUGACGGCUCGUCGCUUAUGACCCAUCCCCCCGAACCAGGCAUCGGCCUCUCGCCCCCUCGAGCAGUCUCUCCGGCGCCCAAACCAGAGCGGUUACGCGAGGUCAAGACAGUACAAGAGAACACGUAUCAUGCGCCCGCGCCGCGGCCGCCGCCAAAACCACGAGCCGAUCGCGGCAGUGUAUCUGCAACAUAUCUCCCCCUCCCUCAACAUGAGCUUGGCCUCCGCGCCUCGACGCGUUCACUUGGACCACCGCCUCCACUGAGUCCAAAGCCAACGACCACGGCCCCGUCCGUCAUGAUCGAGCCUCCUCAUUCUCCCCCGAAACACAUGAUCGCCCAGUUUUCUCGGGAUGAUGCGCCAAGUCUCCUGAACCCCGACUAUAUCGUGGCUCCCACGACUCCGUCCGUACCCUCACGUUCCUUCAAAAUACCAAGCCGCACCUCUACGCCCACACUCGAGCCUCGGAAGUCGCCUAUGCUCACUGCUUCGCGACCACCAUCGCCGCCUCCGCCCAGGAGGUCCGGAGAGAUGCGUAGGGAAAAGCCCCCACCGCCGAUCAGCCGAAACGAGAAGCCCCUGAUUCCUGCACAACGGCGGACAUCAGUUUUUGCAGAUCCGAUACGAUUGCCAGAACCGAGGCGACAGCCGCAAGAGACUUCUCCGUUCAAUAGUCCGCCCAGCAGCCCGGGAAGUCCUGGCGGGGACACACCUCCAUUACCUUCAAGGCCCAGACCUCAUGUUGCGCAGACAGAUGUAUUACGACCCAGAAAGCUAGACCUAGGGUUCGAGCCACCUCCUCUUCACCAUUCACUCGUGACUAAGCGUCAACGCGACAAUGAUAUGGGCAUGAGGGAACAGAUGGCUUCUCCGCAUGUCAACGAAACAAAACCAGCGCUUCCGACACGGCCAUUAUCACAGAUCGAGCCACCGCCUCGACCUGCGCCCUUGACCUCCACGUCGAUGAUGCCUCCACCACGGCCAGCGAGGCAGGGCUCCGCUAUGGUUCCUACGCAGGAAGCAGCAACGCUUCCGAAGCGUAUAGUCUCUACGCCAACUACGGGCGUCCUUCCGCCCCCAACUCGGGUACCUGGACGAUCAAAUACCGUUGUUGACAGGUCCCUUGAUAGGAGCGCUCCGCCUGACGUGCGAUCUAUUCGCACUUCUGCCCCUGCUCAGGCAUCGUCUGCCCUUCCUUCUACCUCCAAUCCCGCUGCUCAGCCGCCUAUUACGAAAUCAGACGGCGUCAACCCAGGCUCCACCUAUCCCGAUCCCUCUAAUACAAAUCGAAGAGCCCCUUCGGUCAAGCAAGGCCUGCUCACCCGAGUCUGGAGUCUUCGCGACGGCGAGCUCCUCAUGAGUUUUGCACACGGCGAAGGCGUCAAAGCUACAUCCAUCGCGUUCAAACCAGGCUCCAACGUUGACGAAGAAGGUCAACGGCUGUGGAUAGGAACAAACAUGGGAGAGGUCAUGGAAGCCGACAUUGCCACACAAUCUAUCGUAGCCAAAAAGGCUACAGCCCAUGCACGACAUGAGGUUAUCAAAAUUUAUCGGCAUUACAACGAGCUGUGGACACUGGAUGAGAGCGGCACGCUUGCUAUUUGGGGUCCGGAUGAGGACCACACGCCAAAUCUCAAUGGGAACCCGCACCAGACCUAUCGACUUCCCAGGACUCACGCGUUCUCGAUGGUUGUAGGUGACCUUCUCUGGCAUGCAACGGGCAAGGAGAUCCGGAUCUUUGCACCUACUCUCGAGGGCGAGACACAGUUUCAAGUCCUGAUUCGGCCACUCGUGCAAGACAGUGCUGGGGAGGUCACUUCCGGGACGCUGAUGCGGACACAUCCGACGAGAGCUUUCUUCGGGCACAUCGACGGCAAAGUCAGCAUCUAUAACACCAAGGACUUUUCUUGUCUUGCGGUACUGAGUAUCAGCGGGUACAAGAUCAACUCGUUGACGGGCGUCGGUGAUUACAUCUGGGCUGGUUUCAACAACGGCAAGAUAUCCGUUUACGAUAUCAGCCAGACCCCAUGGACGAUCAAAAAGGAGUGGCAGGCACAUGAAAACCCUGUCGUCAAAAUCAUCUCCGACCCUUCCAGUUGCUACAGGAUAGAUCGACUGCAGGUUAUUUCCCUCGGGGCUGACAACGUCAUCCGCGUAUGGGAUGGAUUGCUACAGGAAGAUUGGCAAGAGGACGAGAUGAAGGCGCAUGAAGCUCAGUACUGCGACUUUGAAGACAUCAAAGCUUUGGUCAUGACUUGGAAUGCUGGUGCAUCCACUCCUCAUAGUCUUCGUUACGCGGACCAAGACGCUACCUUUAUCCGCAAUCUGCUUCAGUCGAGCGAUUCGCCCGACAUAUUGAUAUUCGGGUUCCAAGAACUUGUCGAUCUCGAGGACAAGACUGCUACCGCCAAGCGGUUCUUCAAGUCCAAGAAGAAGGAAGGAUCAGACCAGGAGCGAAUGAGCCACCAGUACCGAGACUGGCGUGAUUUCCUGAUGAAGAGCCUUGACGACCACAUGCCCCGGCAUGACCUGUAUCACUUGCUUCACACAGCCACGCUCGUCGGCCUCUUCACUUGCAUUUUCGUGAAAUCCUCACUUCGAGAUCGGAUCCGUAACUUGAGUGCUUCGGAGGUCAAGCGUGGUAUGGGCGGCCUCCAUGGGAACAAGGGCGCCAUUGUCGUUCGCUUCCUUGUUGACGAUACUUCCAUGUGCUUCAUCAACUGCCAUCUAGCUGCCGGUCAAUCACAGGCGAACAGCCGGCAUAAUGACAUCGCUGCCAUCCUGGAAACACCGCUUCUACCAGCUGAACGGGAUCCCAACAAACGUAUCGACAGUUACACUGGCGGCGGCGACGGAACCUUAAUUUUGGACCACGAACUUUGUGUGUUGAACGGGGAUCUCAACUAUCGCAUCGACACCAUGUCACGGGACACGGUCGUGAUGGCAGUCAAGCAGAACAACUUAGCCAAGCUACUGGAACGAGAUCAGCUUCUCGUAGCCAGGCGGCGUAACCCUGGUUUCCGUCUCCGAGCUUUCGAGGAGUUGCCGAUCAAAUUUGCCCCAACGUACAAGUAUGAUGUGGGCACGGACGAUUACGACACGAGCGAGAAGCGGCGUUCACCUGCGUGGUGCGACCGAUUGCUGUACCGUGGCCGAGGGCGCAUCAAGCAGCUUGACUACGUGCGUCACGAGGUUCGCGUAUCAGAUCAUCGGCCUGUGACAGGACGGUUCAGAUUCACCGUAAAGCGGAUUGAUCCCAGAGAUCGGGCCGUCGCAUGGAUGGACUGUCAGGUUCGUUUCGAAGACCUCCGGGCGAGGGAGGAGAACAACGAAAAGAUGGCAUACCUCAUGCACGUAAUCGGGUACGACACAGCCACAGCCAAAUCUCUGGCGAAGCCUCGAAGGGACCGGAGUCCCAGUAGAACGCGAGCAUAG